UUUAUUUUCUGUUUCGUCGUACAAAAUAACAUAACAAAUUAUCUCUCUUAUUAUUUAAUGAAAUUCUAAAAUAAUAUCAUACUAGCAGGGAGAGUCACCAACGCCUCUUCUUGUCUAUAACCACUUUGAGAAGUGGAAAGCAAGAUGUGUGAGCUAAAACCUUAGUUAUCCAAUAACCAGGGCCAAAUCAUUUAUUAAUACAAAACCAAAAGAUGUCUCAUUGCAAAAACUCACAAAAAAUAAAAUUUUUGACACAAGACGAAGCAAUUAAUAUUGAUGUAGAGUUAUUUAACGAAUAUAAGUUUAGUGUCGAUCAACUUAUGGAACUGGCUGGUUUGAGCUGCGCCCAAGCCAUAGCAAAAUGUUACCCAGCCGAACGAUAUAAGCGGGUUCUUAUAUGCUGUGGGCCUGGUAACAACGGCGGUGAUGGAUUAGUGUGCGCUCGACAUUUAUCCCUGAUGCGUUAUCAACCAACCAUUUACUACCCAAAACCAACACCAAAAGAACUAUAUGAAAAUCUAACCCAUCAGUGCAUGCGUCAAUCUAUACCAUUUCUUAAUACAAACCCAACUCUUGAAACAACAAAUGAAUGCUUCGAAUUAAUUGUUGAUGCACUUUUCGGUUUCAGCUUUAAACCACCAGUUCGAGAGGUAUUUAUACCUAUAAUGGAAAUACUUCAAAAGACGAACAUACCGAUUGCAAGCAUUGAUAUACCAAGCGGCUGGGAUGUCGAAAAAGGCAAAUUAAAUGAAGAUUUCGAACCAGAACUGUUAAUAUCGCUAACAGUUCCAAAACUGUGCGCCAGUUCAUUUAAAGGAAAAUACCAUUAUUUGGGAGGACGUUUCGUUCCACCAGCCCUCCAAGAAAAGUACCAACUACAUUUGCCCGAGUAUCCAAACUGCGACUUGUGUGUGAAAUUGUAAAUUUAUAAAUGAUUUGCCUAUGUACAUAUGUUAGUAAAUACAUAUUUAUUAAAGCAACACUUAUUUGUA